AUGUUAGCAAAUGAAGCGAAGGAGCCCUUGUUAAGACAACCUGUUGUACCCAUUCCGACUUCAACACUGCCCAGCGGGUCAUCCGAGAAAGAUGAUGCCUUUCAAUCGAAUGGACAAAAUACCUCCAAAAAAGUGGGUUUUUCACUGUAAAAUGACUUUUUUAACGGUUUUUUGGGUUGUAAAGAAAGUUUUUGCCAUUUUUUGUUGUGUAAAGAAAGUUCUUGCCAUUUUAUGAUUUGUAAUGAAAGUUCUUGCCAUUUUAUGUUUUGUAAAGAAAGUUCUUGCAAUUUUUUGUUUUGUAAAGAAAGUUCUUGCCAUUUUUUGUUUUGUAGAGAAAGUUUCCGCUAUUUUUUGCUUUGUCAAGAAAGUUCUGGCCAUUUUUUGCUUUGUAAAGAAAGUUUUUGCAUUUUUUGUUUUGUAAAGAAAGUUCUUGCAAUUUUCUGCUUUGUAAAGAAAGUUCUUGCCGUUUUUCAUUCUGUAAAGAAAGGUUUGGCCAUUUUUUGCUUUGUAAAGAAAAUUCUUGCGUGCCACAACGACAUUAAAAUAUUGGACCUAUUCGUUUUUGCGGCUUAAUUAUGAAUGCUAAUACCGUGCCGUUCCUUCUGCUUAGAGAUUUAUUGUGUCAAUUUGUUUGAAAUCUAAAGAAUUUUUUUUAUUUUUUAAAGUUCCUGGUUGAACAAGGUAAAUUUUUGGGUUAAGUUACAGUAAGUUAGGCUUAAAUGCAAAAAUAUGUUUAAUAUUAAGCCUAAAGCUAGGCUUAAAGCAAAGUUUUAAUUUAAUUGUUAGGAUAAGUUUAAAGAUAAGCUUAAACCAACUAAGCCUAAGCCUACUAAGCCUAAGCCUACUAAGCUUAAACCUACUAAGCUUAAGCCUACUGAGUCUAAGCCUACUAAGCCUAAGACUACUAAGCCUAAGCUUACUGAGUCUAAGCAUCCUAAACCAAAAACUGCUAAGCCUAAGAAUUGCUGAGCAUAAGUUUAAACAUCUUAAGCCCACAAAACCUAAACCUAUUAAACCAAAGCCUACUAAUCCUACUAUUUUCAGGCUCAAAUCCCGCGACGAGCCUCAGGAUCAGCGAAAAAGUAUCAAAUGCAAACUAGUCUACGUUCAAAUGGAUCUGCAAAUUCGCAUCUGAGUGAAACCCAGUCAGCGCCCUCAUCUCCGCUACAGUUCUUGAAAAGGAUUUGUUUGUGCGGCCGAAGAGAUCCAAGUCAAAUGAACAUGGAACAGCUACAAAAGGCUCAGGAAAGGGCGAAAAAGGUAGGUCAGGUUUAA